GCAACCCGUCGCGCUCCCAUGAUGUUGCGUUUAUCUGUGCUCUUGAUUUUACUAUCGCAUCGUAUUAAAACCGUGCAGGUUUCCACAACCGCACCAUCGUUAGCCGGCAGGCUCGAUAGACUGUAUGAAAAGUUGGAGAAAAUUACGGUCGCACCUGUAAAGUCGCCUCAGGAGAAGCUAUACGAGAAACUGGAUAGGCUGAACUCUUUGAUGCCGGAUCGAGUGGAUUGGAGUGAUGAGGACGAGGAGUUGUUGUCUUCAAUACAGAUGUGGGGGAUGUUAAGUGAUGAACAGUUAGAUGGGGUGGUGAAGGAGCUGCAGGGAGUGAGGGAGACGGAUGAUGAGAAGGCGAAUGACGGGGAGUACGGUGAUAGUGAGUGGAGUGAUGAGGAACUCCAAGAUCUAGUGGAAGGUGAAUACCCAAUGGACUGGUACCCUGAUGAUGAGCAGGACACCAUGUCUACCUCCAAACCUAUCAUUGGCAUCACCCCCUCAGCGUUCACCAAACAGGACCCUGAGUACCGGGACGCGGUUAUGUCUGUAGUGGACCCUAUAGUUGCAACCAAUGAGAGGCCACGAAUUCUUGAUGAUUCGUCGCUGACAGUGCCCGAACGGACUGCACUUCGGCGAGCGGCGUUUGCAAAUAUAGCCUCCGUAGUACGCAAGGCCAAGUGCAGGGACCCGCAACCGAGGUGGCUCAACGUGCGCCAACUGGCCCCCGCGGCUAACAUUGUAUACAUGCCGCCGUGCGUGCAACUGCACAGAUGCGCGCCAGACUCGGGAUGUUGCUACGACGAGGCGGAGGUCUGCGCGCCUGUCGCCGGGAAAUAUGUCAUCAUACCCUUAUACCUAAAUACAGUCAAAGGCAACAUGACCAUGGCACGGAUGCUGUUUUUCAAUCACACGCAAUGUGACUGCAUACCUCGCGAGACAAUGCAGAGCACCAUACGUUCAAGAGUGGAACACCAGAAGAGAGAGAGCUACAAGCAGAGGAAGACGACUACAGACAACCAGAGACAUGAACGGCAGCCUACUGAGGAGCCAGCUUUGGAGAAGGACGAGCCGACCGCACCACCUCAAUUGAAAAGAUGCACCUGUCCAACGCUGUUCCUAGCAAGAAUAACUGAAAAUGGCUAUUGCACGUGCGUUUGUGACUGGUUGGAGACAAGCCGUCGCCGCGACUGUCUCUCUCUAGCAAAGGGGAAGGAGCACUUCGGACUGAGGGACAGAGUGUGUAUCGCAAAUGGAGAUUGUACGACACCGAAGUGCGAUUACGGAGCUUACGACAGGAGUACUGGAAUCUGCCCAAUAAAAAGGUUUAGGAGAAUCAAGUACCAUCACAGAGGGAGGCUUCCUGUUGAGAAGCCGGUAGAGGUAUAGACUGUUACUGGAAUAAGAUAUGUGUAUUAAUGUACUGUGCCUACUUGUAAUAUUUCAACACUCGGCACCCUUCCAUUAGUUUAUAUCUCCACAUAGAUUAAGUUCUGUGUAGUCAGUCCACGAUACGACUCUGCGUUGAGUGUGCGCGUUACGAAGCCAUGUAGCACACUAUCGAAUAAACUUACUAAUGUAGCUCAAUUACUACACUUAGAUACUACAGGAAAAACAGUAGCGACAUCUCAUCACAUCAUAUAUAACGCUACAGUGAUGAAGUGAUAACCAUCACGCUACAUUAUCUUUGUUAAACAACUUCCAUUAAGCU